UGGAGCUACUCAAACGCGGCAAUAAUUGACAUGAUGGGAACAGAAAUUCGGCAGCAGGACCGCUGAUUACAGCUUACGCGAUGUGUGAAGCGAUAGCAGCCAACAGCAACGCUACGCCGAGCACGACUCAAACAAUGGAUGCAGCCGGCGCCAGCACUGCCACACUGCUCGAGGACUACGAUGCCGCAAACGUGCGACCGUGGCCGCACCAGCUCGACGCCAUCCGCGCCAUCCAACAAACGAAGAGCCAGCGCUGCCUCGUCCAGCACGCGGCCGGCUCCGGCAAGUCGCUGACCAUCGCGGGACUCGCGUCGUCGCUCGCGGACGACGGCUUCCGGGUCGUCGUGAUCUGUGAUAGACGCCAGCUCGAUGCGCAGAUCUACGCGACGGUGCGGCGCGUGUGUCAGAGGCGCCACAGCGUCGGACGCGCUGCAUCGGUCGCGGACCUCGCGACGGCGACGGCGACGGUGCUCUGCACGACGCUCCAGAAGGUGAGUCGCGUUUCUCAAUCGCAACGCUCCACAAAGAAGACCGCCGUCCUCGUCGACGAGUGCCACCGGUCCUACGCUGAUGAACAGGUGUGGCGGCGGCUCGACGAGGCGCUCGGCGCGCCCUCUCUGAUCGUCAGGUUCCGUGCGCAAAUCAGAUUUGACACGUCUGCUCGAUGGCGUGACGGUGUUGAUUGCACGCAGGUGGGCUUCACGGCGACGCCCGAAGACCGCGAGUUGGCGACGCUCGGCAACCCACUCCAUUGCUUCCCGCUCUCGUCCGCGAUCCAGCACGGCUUCGUGCUCGACGUGCUCAGGGACUUCCGGGCGCCGCGGCUGCCCGUCACUGUGUUAGAUGCGGUGUCGAAGCGGCCUGUGGACGACGCGCGCCUGCGGCGCCUCGCCCUCGAGACGGCACAGGUCGUCCAAGCAAAAGCUUCGCACGCUGCCUUGGAAAUCAGAGCCGUCCAGCGGACGUGGCCGCGCGCCCGUGCCAUGGUCAUCUGUAGAUCGAGAAGGGCCGUCGCGACCUGGACCCGUUCGUUGAGACGCCUCGAGCUGCGGACGUACGGCGCGUUUUCCGGCGCCUUGAGCGACGGUCUCGACGAGUCCAAGCUCAACCCCUUAUUGGCGUUGAACGAGGCCGAGGUCGUGGUGGUCUGCGGGAAACUGGAGGCUGGCUACGACGACCCUUUACUGGCUUGUUUGAUCGUUGACCGCCACGUCAGCUCGCCGGCGCGCCUCGUCCAAAUUUAUUCAAGGGUGAACCGGGCGUCACCAAACAAGCCACCGCCGCGCGUGGUGGAUUUCGCGAACGGCGCCGACUUCGUGGCGUUCGCGUUCCGGCGGUUCUGGCGCGAGCGCAAAUUGGAUGAGCGGGACCGGUCGCGGCUCGGCGCCGCGGCGUUCCGCGCGCUCUCGUAUAUUGACGCCGCCGGCGCCGCGAAUUUGGACACCUCAAACGCCGCGUCGCGCGUCGCCACGGUGCUCGGCGCGGACGCGGCGGCGGCUCUUGGAGCGGAUGCCGCGAUCGUCGCGGCGUCGAGGGACGAGGCCUGCCCCGAGUUCCCGGCGGCGUACGCGCGGCAAAUUACCGCCGCGAUCGGCGAAGCGAAGGACGACGACGCCGACGCGGCGACGACGUUUAAAGCCGCGAACGUGGCCGUCACCGUCGGCGCCGUCGUCGACGGCGGGAACACGACGCUCGCCGUCGAGGCGGUCGCUUGCCUACCGACGCACGGCGGCGCCGGUCCGUCGUUGCGGCCCGGCGAGUCGCUCGCGGACCUCACCCGGAGAGCGGCGCGCGGCCACCUCGCGUCCGUAUUAGCGAGCGUGACGUCGGCCCUCGCGGCCGCGCCCGACGCGGCUUCGAGGCUCGCGGCGUUGCGUCGAUUGGACCGCCUCGCCGUCGACGAUGCCGCGGCGAUCGCAAGUUCGGGCGUCGGGCGCGCGGCGGCGGCGCUCAAAAAAUCUCCGGAUCCUGAUGUAGCCGCGCUGGCGCGCCGGGUGGUUUCCGAGGCGAAGAAGCGCGUCGCCGCGGCGUUGCCGCCAGACGCGACGCCCAAGCUCGUGGCCUUGGGCCUGCCGCAAGAUAUUGCCGCCGCCGUCGCGGCCGCCGCCCGAAACAAGCCCGCGGCGGAGGUCCGAGCUCUCAUUGCCGAUCUCAAACGCAACGACGCGUUGCGAGGCCGCGUCGCGACGGGCGCACUCUCCGCGGCUUCGCUGGUAGCGAUGGGCGCCGACGACCGAUGCCGCGAGGACCGGAAACGCAAGGCGCCGCCGCCCGUCGUCGAGGAGGAGAUCCUCGCCGAGGGCUACGUGUGCGAGACGUGCGGCUCGACGCGGAUCACGUGCGCCACGGAGUCGCGGCCGACAACCUCAUACGGCACGUCCGAGUUCCGGCAGAUCCUGUUCCUCGACUGUCUCGACUGUGGAAGGUCUUGGCAAGAAGACUAGUAUGUGAUAAAAUUG